AUGCCUCUGCGGCUGCGGAGAAAAAAGAAAUUCAAUAACAAGGAGACCUCCCGGCUGGUGGAGGGCGAGCAGACUAAUGCGGCUGGCGGCAGCCUAGCCAGCCUCCCGGCGCCCACCCGCAGGCUGGUUUUCCACACGCAGCUGGCCCACGGCAGCGCCACGGGCACAGUGGAGAGCUUCUCCAGCGUCCAGGAGCUCUACGCCAAGAUCGCGAGCGUGUUUGAGAUUUCGCCGUCGGAGAUCUUAUAUUGCACUUUAAAUACACCUAAAGUUGACAUGGGAAAACUCUUAGGAGCACAGAUAGGUCUUGAAGAUUUCAUAUUUGCCCAUGUGAAAGGGAUCAAAAAAGAAGUGAAUGUGUAUAAAUCUGAGGAUUCACUUGGUCUCACCAUUACAGAUAAUGGUGCUGGCUAUGCUUUUAUAAAGAGAAUUAAAGAUGGCAGCAUAGUUGACUCAGUUAAAACAAUCUGUGUGGGGGAUCACAUUGAAGCCAUCAAUGGAGAAACUAUCCUUGGGUGGCGUCACUUUGAUGUUGCUAAGAAGUUAAAGGAAUUAAAAAAAGAGGAACUCUUUACCUUGAAGUUAAUAGAACCUAAGAAGGCCUUUGACAUGGAGCCCAGGCCAAAAGCUGGAAAGUCAUCAACAGGAAGGAUCGGUACUGGAAGGGAGACACUUCGCCUGAGAUCAAAAGGUCCUGCCACUGUGGAAGAAUUGCCCUCUGAAACCAAAGCAAAGGCGAUUGGAAAGGUUGAUGAUCUUCUUGAAUUGUACAUGGGAAUUCGAGAUAUCGAUUUAGCUACUACAAUGUUUGAAGCUGGAAAGGACAAAGGUAAUCCAGAUGAAUUUGCUGUGGCACUUGAUGAAACCCUUGGAGACUUUGCCUUCCCAGAUGAGUUUGUCUUUGAUGUUUGGGGAGUCAUUGGUGAUGCCAAAUGA